CCACGAAGACCACCUGAAAAGAGCAUGGACAUGGCUGUGACGAAGAUUGUAACUGUAGCGUUGCUCGGUUUAGUUCACUUGGCGUCGGCGGCUACUCAAACACCUAGCAUAAAGAGGUGUUCAGGGAGCACGGCAAGCGACAUCAUUGCCUUCGAUGACGUCACUCUGUCUAGCGUAAAGGUUGGGGGCACGAUGAAGCUCGACUACAGCAUCGAGCUGAAACAGAAGGUUGACGGAAGCCCGCAGCUGAAAUUUACCAUGACAUCUGGAUCAUCGACACUGCCUUGUAUCGGGGAGGUCGGGUCAUGUACGUACAAGCUGUGCGGGGCCACUGGAAAAGUUGAGAAACAAGUAGCUGAGGCAUGGAACAACAAGUGUCCCAUAGCGGCGGGGACUUACACUAACAGUGUGAGCGCACAAAUACCAUCCUUGGCGGGCGUUUUGAUUCAGGGAAACAGCAUCCACAUCAAAAUUGAAGGAAAGAACAACGGGAAAACACUAGGGUGUGUGGAGUUCGACGUCCACAUCGAGAAAUAAGGAAACG